AUGCGCGAGAUCGUCAGCCUUCAGCUAGGUCAGCUGGGUAACUACACGGCCACCCAUUUCUGGAAUGCCCAGGAGUCAUAUUUUACAUACUCAGCCGAUGAAAACCCUGUUAUUGACCACGAUGUUCACUGGCGUGCUGGCUUGGGUGCCGAUGGCUCAGAGACCUUUCUUCCACGAACAGUCAUAUAUGACAUCAAAGGCGGGUUUGGCUCUUUACGCAAGAUUAACGCACUCUAUGAGGCCGAAUCAGAGGCAAACACAGAGGCUCUGUGGUCAGGCCGAUCGGUUGUUCACAAGCAGACUCCGAUUGACCCCAGCGCAUACCAGCAGAGUCUAGAUGCAGGCACUGAACCUGCACAACUGACAACAUCAAAUGUGCGAUACUGGUCUGACUUCUCACGAGCCUACUUUCACCCAAGGUCGCUGGUCCAACUCUAUGACUUUGAGCUCAACUCAACAACUAUGCCAUUUGAGCGCUUCUCCAUGGGAACAGAGCUCUUCUCAAUGCUCGACAAGGAGCAUGACCUGGUUGAUCGUGACUUUAGACCAUUCGCAGAAGAGUGCGACCGAAUGCAGGGAAUACAAGUCUUGACCACCAUUGACGAUGCUUGGGGCGGUUUCGCAUCUUCCUAUCUCGAAUCUUUGAGAGACGACUUUCCAAAGACCACUAUUUGGACAUGGGGCCUACAAAGUCCUUUGCUUGAUAUACCCAGGGCCAAGCGCCAGCUUCGUCUUGCUAAUACUGCCCACAGCAUUGAGCAGCUCUGCACACAGUCAUCGACGCUUGUACCCAUGGCUUUACCUGAAGAGGACCUUUCAGCUGGAGUAUCCAUGGAUCGCCGCUCACCAUGGCACACAUCUGCUCUUAUGGCCGCCGCGAUAGAAACGGCGACUCUACCUUCGCGCUUAGCGCAGGGACCUUCAGUGCAGCAGAGUUCUUUAGAUAUCAUGGCCGAGAGCCUGAAUGUGAAUGGCAACCAGCCCCUUGCAAGCAUGCGUAUGUCUCUAGCUGCCGAAAAGGAGGCAUCAGAGGACAGCCGGAUAGACGUCAAUUUCUUUCAAGUUGGCCGGGCUUGGAGCAGACAGUAUAUUGGCAGAAAAGAAACUCAGAAUCACGUUUUCGGCGAGAUUAAGUCUUACCGAGAUCUUGACCCCUUGGAGAAUGCCAACGAAGGCACCCCUGGACAGCUUGCUCCUGGCGAACGACCUGUAAUAGGGAAUUCAAUUAUGCGCAAGUACGACUCAUCUCUCAGAUUUCCGUUAUUGGACUCCUAUCCCCAGAUCUAUCCCCAGCUGGCAGGGCAAUCAGAUAUCGGCAUGCAGACUACCCUUUCAACAAAUAGCUCUAUGGUUCAACGCAUCAGAACACUGCGGACGGAAUCGGCACGUCUUGUACCCGUCAACGAGAGAGAGGAUCUUGGCAAUGGAUUGGCGGAGCUGGCGGAUGCAUAUCAAGAUGGGUGGUUCAGUGGUAGUGACGAGGAUGAUGAUGAUUUAUAG